CGGACCGCGAAGAGUACGCUCGUGUUUAACGCGAUCCCCGGUCAGCGCUCCGCUUUCUGAAGUUACGUGAAAAUCGGAUUGACUUGUGGUUCUUACCUAUAAAUAUUUGUGCGAGUUUUAGUGGAAAGGAAAAACCAGGUGUCCUUUUCGUGUAAAAUAUGUAUAGUCGAAAACGUCAAAGGAAGCGGAGAGCGAAGCACUGUGUUGUCGUGCGAUGGACGUGCCAUGUGAAAAUGUAACUUAAACUCUUCGAAGUAAAAGUGAUUAUGGCGUGGCACCUAACGAUGUGUAGAUUAAGUAAUAAUUGUUUGUUGGUGUUAGUUAUAUCGUUGUGCAGGACAAUAGUUUGUGAUGGACAGUGUCCGAAGUUCGCCGAGAAGCCCCUAGAGACGCGUGUCCAAGACGCUUCCAUAGUUUUUAGAGCAGUGGUUAUACAGGCACAUUAUUUGAGCAAAACACUAGAUUUAGCGCUAGUGUCUAUAUACAGAGGAGGUGUAGAAUUAGCAUCAGUCAGCCAGUAUGCAGGUUCACCAUAUAAUACGACAGACAGACAGGUGAACCUCAAGAUCAACCCACAGCUAGGGGACUGCUUCAACUGGAGUAUGGCGCCAUCUCAGAGCGAGCUGGUGGUGUUCUCCAGGAUCAUAGACCCGGCUGUGGACUUGGAGACGACUCCACCCGACGGGCCCUGGCUUGAAGCCACGGCAGCCGCAGUGCCAUGGAGUUUAGGAGUAGACAUCGCCAUAUGGAAUGCAGUAGGUUGGGCGGGCUGGGGAGAGUGGGGUGCCUGUAGUAGGAGCUGUGGAGGGGGGAAACAGACUCGGAGGAGAUACUGCUCGAAGACCGUCUGCGAGGGGUACGGAGAACAGGGGAGGGCGUGUAAUUCCUUUGAUUGUGAAGGAGCAAUUAACCCACUAGCGCCUGGAGCGAGGCGAAACUUCCACCCAGCGCAGGCGCGAUGGGGCACCGUUUCGGACAGGCCUCAUGCGUUCAGCCUAAGGCCUAACUCCUACAUCUGGAUCGCGUCUUCAGAGCUCUUCGGGGUUGGCAAGACCUUCCCUAGGGAGUUCACAUUGUUCAUCUCCUUGAGGCUAAGGCCUGAGAGUGGGGGCUACGGCCAAGGGACCUUGUUCUCACUGAGGUCCAGGCGUAGAACUGGGUCUUUCCUGUCCCUCGAGUUGGCGGGGCGGGGGGCGGCGAGACUGGUCCACGCGGGAGCUGGGUCAUCCAGGUCCAUAUAUCUAGCGGUACCCUUGUAUGACUUCCGCUGGCAUCAUAUCGCUGUAAGUGUCCACGAUGACAACACAGUACGGGCAUACGUUGACUGCCGCUGGUUAAGAACGGAUGUCCUAGAAAAGGAUGCUUUGGACACACCAAGGGACGCGGAUCUCAUAAUAGGAUAUCUUUUCUCGGGCGACCUCGAACAACUUGUGCUGGUCCCGAGAGCUGGUGAAGCCCAGAAACAGUGCUCAAGUCAAGUGACCGGUCUGCUGACGACACCCUAUGUUACACUGCACGACUCGUAAUCCCGACAUUGAACUUUUUGUUGCUAAUUUAAGUCCUAUUGCAAAGCAAAUAGGCAAUAAAUACAAUACGUUUCAGUGCUGUAGUACUUCACAUGCAAGCUGUUGACUAUUUUUUCAAUUAUGGAGAGAAUUCUAUUAAGUAUAAUGUGAUGUAAAAAGACGGUAGCAGAAUUGGGUCGGCAUUUCUUUUUAAGUUUGGUCAACAGCUUUAUUAAUGAUGGAAUAAUGACUAAUGGCACGUUUUGUUGAACACCUUCUCAAUUAAUGCAAUUUUACAGUUAUUUGUAUAGAUGUUUUCAGAUUGCAGAUUUCCGCGAAAUAAGUACCUUAAGGAAGACACUGUAAAAUUUAAUCAUGAAAUAAAUAAAGUUCAAGUACAGACAGUAUAUGAAAUACUUGAUUAACAUUUAAUAAAAGACUUUUAGAGCGGGUUCACCGUCUUUUUUGUUUUUUUAAUUUCUGAUUCUUUAUUGGCUCCGUGUUUGUAAUGAUCCAUACAUACUACUCGAUAGGUUUCGUGUAAAAAUUAACGCAUCGCGUCCUAUGAACGAGCCUUCGAGUUAUGAGUUUUGCGAUCCACAUGUUGAUUUUUACUCGUUUUAGAGAGAGACUUCUUUAUUAUUAUACCCGUUCAAAGAGUGGUUAAUGAAAUUAUCAGUGCGCGUAAACGUUCAAUGUAAAGACAAUAGUGAGUAAUUUUUAAUCAAAAAUAAUAUAAUUGCUGCGGGUA